AUGACACUAGCUCCAUCUUCAUUAGCCAAGGGACAAGCAUGUCUUGACUGCAGGAGGCGAAAAAUAAAAUGCGAUGGUGUUCGUCCAAUAUGCGGACCCUGCUAUCGCGCGCAACGCUACGAGGACUGCGAGUUUGGCAGCACAUUGAACAGCAAAACACCCUCGAGAAUGCAACGUAUCGAAAACGACAUUGCGCUUGUUGAACAUCGCAUCAUGGACCUCCAGAUACACUCGAGUCUUCCGCUUCAAACACUACGGAGGGACCAUUCAGGACGGAACGGUGUUCAAACAAACUCAACCCAAACUCAAGUUCUGCAGAUCGCGUUGGAGACCAUUGUCGCACGGGCUGAGGAAAUCGGGUUCUUUCUUCACCUUCCAAAAUUCCGGAGUUUGUGCUUUGGAACAGCCGGGAGUCGCGAACGACCUCCUUCCGCCUUGACGGAUAGCAUAUGUCUCUGGGCAGCCGUCAUUUCUCCCUCCGAGUCGCUUAGGAAACCGGAAAACAAGUUUUUAGCCCGAGCAGUGCAAGCUUCGACCACCAUCUCGGCAUCGUCGCAUCGUUUGAAAAUCCUUUACGGUAUCCAGACCGAGAUCCUCCUGUGUCAAUACUUCCUCCACAAAGGCCGCCUGGUCGAAGCCCAGUAUCAUCUCAGCAUAGCUGUUUCCUUUGCUGUCGUUGGGAAGUUGGCGCAUAUCGGAAGCACGGGGUCACAAUUUACCUUCCGUGACUCUAUUGAACGAGGCGAGUAUAUAAUCGGGUAUUGGACUGUUGUGGCGCUGGAUGGCAUCUGGUCGUCGAUGCUCAACUUCCCAUCGCAUUUUGGAUCGGAGUCGAUUUUGAAUGCCGACACACCGUGGCCGUUGGAAAUGGAUACAUACGAGCGAAAUCCCCCGAUUUUUCCGCCAAUGAACACUGUUCGAGCUUUUAUGGAAAAUGUUCCCAACGAGAAAGAGCCGUCGCGCCUCAGCGUACUCGCCAAGGCAGCCAUUUUGCUGCAGAAGGCCGACUGCAUCAGUCGAGAAUGGCAGCCAAACAUGUCGUCGAGAGAUUCUGCAGCAUACUUCCAACGGUUUUCCGAGCUGAACGAACGGAUUAGAACGUUUCGCGUCAACUCGCCCAACACAUUGGCUGGUUACCCACCGGCGUUCAAACCGCGCGUGAUCUUGGCGCAUAGCGUCGCUCAUGUGGCCACCCUCCAGCUUAACCGCAUCUUCAUGGCUAAUGCUCAAUGCCGAGAGUUGGCACUCGCUAGCUGCAAAUCGAUCGUGUGGACGAUUCACUCUGCCGACUGGAAGAGCAUGGCACAUAUUGAUCCUAUUAUUGGAUCAAUCUGGUCGACCACAGCGGGCAUGUUGUUCGAAGAGAUUACGCGCAUCCAGACAGUCCCAGGGGCAGCUGCAGUUGUCGCUGACUUACGAAAUGGCUACGAUGAGAUUGUGUUGUCAGUCUCUCACUUUUCGAAAGACAGUGCAUUCAUGCAGUUUCAACUGACACAACUUUGUGGGAACUGA